CGUAACCCCAAGUUACCCUCCGUGAAUGUGUUCCAUCAUGAUCAAGUAAUAUGUCAAUGGAGAGGAAAAGAUACUGCUACCUCAAAAUGACGGGGGAUCGGCGGUGAAGAUAAUCCAAGCACUUUCCUUCAUUCCUUUGGAAGACGAUCAGAUUCAUCCGCAAUGAAGUCGAGAUUGCACUCUGUCCUCUUCUUUGCAACGGCAUUGCUGAUUCCCAGUCUGGUCCUUCUCUACAAUUCUUGGCAAGCCAGAUUCCAAGAGACCGAUCGGAGCCUCCAAGAAGACUCAUCGAUACUGGAAGCUUAUGGCGGCAAGACCUACGAACCAAAUGCCACCGCAGAUAAUGAUCCGACGCCAGCAGACCUACCAAUGUUGCAAGCUUAUGGCGGCAUACCGAAUCUCAACAGGUUUCCUCUCAAACUCUGUGAAGGGGACUGCGAUGUCGAUAGUGAUUGCGACGUUGGACUGCUUUGCUUUCAGAGAAUUGCCUUUACGGGUGUUCCUGGUUGCCAAGGAGGGGAGACCUUUGCGGCCAACACGGAUUUUUGUAUUUCCAUCGCCACAGAGAACCCAACUGGCUCGCCCACCACAAAAUCCCCAACGUUUGGACCCACUGGAUCGCCCACUAUUGAUACCAGUAUUUCCAAAUUGCCUACAGGAUCUCCCGCCAUUGACACCACGAUGAGUCCAACCACAACUACUGAAUCGCCAACGGUCGCCACAGAUGUGACCAACCCACCAAGUGAGGCGCCUGCAUUGAAUGCAUCUACAGCCAGUCCAACAAUCAUACAACCAACCUCAAACAAACCUACUACUCCACCCUCAGCCAAACCUAGUAAUACCCUUCCACCCACAAUCAAUUCUACUUCAAGAUCCCCAACGAUUGCACCAUCCACACAACCUUCUGCGACGCCGACCACAGCAGUACCCACGACAAGUUCACCAACGAGAGCACCGACAGUAGAGCCCACACCGCUACCUCCGUUCAGUAUUGCACCCACGACAAUUGACAGGCCCCUUGCUGAAGUUGUUGGCAACAACGGGGAUCCUGCCUCCUCCUUUCCCUUGCAACUCUGCCAGGGAGAUUGCGAUCGCGAUGGAGAGUGUGCUUGGGGACUCUACUGUCAUGGCCGUUCGGAACCAGACAGUCCGAUUCCGGGUUGCACCUUGGAGGAUGGAAGUGGGGUGGGGAAUAACGAUUUUUGCCUUCGUUUGCCGUCCAUACUGCCUGGAGCCUUUCGAUUGCGUCUCUAUUGGGAAGAAGGCUAUGAAUGGCAGAAUUCAACGAGGGAAUCCUUUUGGUGUGCCACAAACAGUUUCAAUGGGUGGCCGGGGACGGGGAGGUGCUGGUAUGGUGAUCAAGUCGAAGAGUGCCUCUCCAAUCAAACCUUCUUGGCUAGAUGUGAUGGUACUGGGUUGGAGCCAUGGCAGCAGGCCUUCCUCUUUCUACCCGUCAACGAUGAUGAAGUACUCAUUCAAUCUGCAGCUGUCGCUGACCAAAGAUGCUGGCGACGCAGCAGACGAGAAUUAUUUCUGACGGAAUGCGAUCCCAACGAUCCCAUGCAGCGAUGGAUCGCCUCCAAUGGAACCGCUUUCUUUGACGAAGACAAUCGAUUUGAGAUAUCUCAAGCAGGAUUCAACAGUCAGUGUAUAUCCAACGAUCACCAUCCCAAGCCUGGAGAAGUUAUAGAACUUCAUAGUUGUGAGGCUUUGCGAGCUCCAGACUCGCAAACAGCUCUGUGGACAAAGUACUGAUGUAUUCCACGUCUUCAUGUGAGCCGGAAACAUGCAUCAUGGAUUGCAAAGCUUUGCCAUCACACGAGGCGAACUGGGGUCGGGGACGGUAGCAGGAAUGAAAGGUCGGAAGUACCAGUAGCAAUCUUCAAUUAGCCAAACAAAACAAGAGAACGAGUUCAGUAGCUUGCGGCGCAAGCAAGGUUUCAAAAGUGUUGUUUCCCUCACGAGCAUUGGUUUCAUGAGUUUCAGUCCAAUUCUUAAGCCAGCGGAGCUGUGUAACCUCGGCAGAAUGGUUUCCGUGUAGAAGCAGAUACAGUACCAUAUAGCUAGCUAGUUAGAAGCAGAUACCUGUAGUGCUUAGCUAGUGCUUAACUUCCGCUUAGCUAGCUAGAAGCAGAUCCCCCCUAGCUAGAAGCAGAUUCACAUAGCAAGCUAGAAGCAGAU